AUGGAUGACGCUCUGCGGCAGCAGCUAGAAAACGCACAAAAGGCGUUUGACGCGCAGAACUACCAAACCUGCGAGUCCAUUCUCCAGUCAAUGCCAAAGGAAGAUCUGCAGGCCCAACACAAUCUCGCCAUUGUGCGGCUGCUGCUCGGACACGCCGAUGUGGAACAGACCAUCACCGCACUGGCAGACGGCGCCGCAGACGAGAAGGACGUCAAGUCGGCCGCCGUCACUUUAUUGUAUGAGGGACACGAGACCGCACACUUCAACCGCGCGCUGCUGCUCGCCCGCUCUGGACUCGUGCAUGAGGCCGCCGUCAUUCUCCGCGCACUGCUGGGAAUGCACAGUAGCAUCGCACCUGCCGUACUUGUGAGGGCUGUUUGUCUCUUUCAGACCAUCACACGCACAUCACCAGGUGGACGUAAUCGUCAACGUACAGAUGAUGAAAUGAUUCAAAAAGUACUCACCGAGAAUAUGAGUAAAUUUGCAGAAACCCCUGCACUACUCAGUAUGGUGAAUGGUGCAUUCGCAGAUAUGAGUAAUAUUCAUGAGGUUCCACAUAACUCAGAUGUAGAAGGUUCUGUAUACUUUAACAAUCUCGGAGUUCUUACUAUGACAGAUUCUAAAGUUAAUGUGGCAUCACUUUGUUUUGCAAAGGCAGAAAAAGCCGCUGUUCAAUGCAAUGCUUUUUUAAUGCGGCAGCCUAUCGUUUACAAUGCUGGUCUUUGUGCUCUUAUUCGAGGUGAAUAUGAAAGUGCUAUUGCAUGCUUUCUCUCCGUACAAGAACUUAUGAAAAAGUCUCCCUUAUUUUGGGUACGUUUUGCUGAAGCUGCAGUUGGUAAAUUACAAAUUCAAACACGAAAUAAGGCAUUAGAGGAAUAUGAACGAAUGCAAGAUCACUUUUCUGAACAAUUACGAAGUGGAAAAAUGCUUCCUAAUUAUGAAUAUCUUUUAUUACCUGGAGCUGUUAUUACUCAAGGACCUCUUGCAGAUCCAAAAGAUAGUGCUGUGGAUACUGCAUUAGAAAGUUUGGUUGCCAGCGCUGUUCAAAAUGCGUUAUUUUUGCUUUUACCUCAAGGGUAUACUGCUUCUAGUGCUAUAGAAGCAUUUCCGCAUAAUGUUCAACUUAUUCAUUUUGCCCUUUUUUAUUGGUGCGCUCUUGAGACUUGUCGAAAGAAUUACGCUGUUGUGGUAAAUGUGGGGUAUGAUCUCCUUAGUUUGCAUGAGCGCCGUCCGCUCUCACCAAAUCUUCAUGCUGCUCUUUUUUCAUAUAUGGUGGAAGCAUUAAUACAUCUUAAUGAACCAGAUCGUGCUUUAAAGGUAUUACGUCGUUCGUCUUUAUCCAGUCUCGUUGUUGGUUCUUCUUCAGAACAGUUGGAUAGCCAUCAGCAAAGUCGUGUGGAGGCACUUUUUAUUAAUUUGGCUAUUACACAUAUUGCAAAUGGAUCAUGGAAUCAAGCCACUUCUGUUGUAGAAUCUCUUUUAACGUUGAUUUAUGAUAGUCGUGUGGCUAAAGAGAAGGAAAAUGACAAUAGCAGCAACAGUACCAAUAAUAAUAAUAAUAACAACAGCAGCAGCAGUAUUCAAGGUGUGGUGCUUGUCUAUCAUCUCCUAGCCGUCUUCCUGGAGUUAGCUCAGGGUAAUCGAGAGAAGGCUCAGGAGGCCUUAUCACGUGUUACUUGGACUGCCUGA